UCAUCUCUCAUCAUCCCUCUCUCUCAAUUCUCUCAUUCUCUGCGAUCGCGGAAGAAGUAGUGACAGAUCCCCCUUUCUCUCUCCAUAAACUGCCUCUUCUUCUCCGAUUUGCACACAAUUUUCAUCUCUGAAUCUCAUUCUCUUGAAAUUCCUCAUUCUCUUCUCCGAUGGCCACCACCCACCACCAGGACAGCAACCCUAACACCCCAGCCGCCGCCGCCGCUCCUCCCAAGCAGGCUGUUCCCGCCGCCAAAACCGUUGAUACUCAGUCCGUUUUGAAAAGAUUGCAGUCUGAGCUAAUGGCACUGAUGAUGGGUGGUGAUUCUGGGAUAUCUGCCUUCCCCGAGGAAGACAACAUAUUUUGCUGGAAAGGGACGAUCAGCGGCAGCAAAGAUACCGUCUUUGAAGGAACUGAUUACAAGCUGUCACUGUCCUUCCCUUCGGAGUAUCCUUUCAAGGCUCCCAAGGUCAAAUUCGAGACAUCUUGCUUCCAUCCGAACGUCGAUAUUUAUGGGAACAUAUGCUUGGACAUAUUGCAGGAUAAGUGGUCAUCCGCGUAUGACGUUAGGACUAUCUUGCUGUCGAUUCAGAGCUUGCUUGGAGAGCCCAACAUAAGCUCACCUCUUAAUACCCAGGCAGCAGCCCUUUGGAGCAACCAAGAAGAGUACCGGAAAAUGGUGGAGAAAUUGUACAAGCCAGUGGUCUGAAAAAAGAUAGUUGGAUGGAAUUGGGUUUAGAAUUUGAUUGAAAUUAAAAUGUUUACUGCUACAAUUUACAUUUACAGUGUUGGCAUAAUUCUUUAAAUGUUGUUGAGAAGUGAACCUUUUCGGUCCACAAUGAAUUGUUGAAUGAUACUAUAUCCCAAUUUUACUAAA